CAACGCCAAAUCAAGACUCUGUUCUUUACGUCCAACAAUCUAAAGCUUUAAACAUGAGGUUCUUUAUAUUUAUCAUCCUAUCAAUAGCAGCAAUAGCUAACAGCAGCAAUCUAGAUGCUGAUUUUGCUUCAGUCAUCAGCAAAAUACAAACAAUCAACCACAAAACUGCUAAGCCAGAAGAAAUGGAUACAGUUCCGCUAGAUAUCGUCUUAUUUCUUCCAUAUUUUGAUCGUGACUGUGUUGUUCAAAAAUUAGGUCUCAAACCUGUAAAUUCAAAUCAAAUUUAUAAUAUUCCAAAAUUAAAUGACUUCCAAAAUGCCAGCACUAAAAACAAGAAAAUCCUAAUUGCAGUUGAGAAUGCAGCACGGCUUUGCACUAGAAAUUCUAAAGACAAUGAAGAUGCUGGACUUUUUCAGAUGAUUCAACUUCGUGGAUUUUUGACUGAAUUAGUUUUUCCAGAAACAAAAUUAAAUCCAGACAAAGCUGUUGAGUGCUUCAAAUGGGCUUUAAGCAAAGUUAAGCCAAAUUCUCCAGUUUUAGAUGGCUUCAAAAUAAAAUCCAUGAAAUACACAGUUGAUCAAUGUAAAGUAGCGACGUCGAUCCAAAAAUAUUCAAAAAUUGUUGAUGACAGAACUCAAAAGCUUAACAUUCAAUCGUGUGAUCAGGAGACUUUCGGACAAGCUAAAACAUCAGCCACAACUAUCAUGGAAUUAUUCUUAUUUUUAAAACUAUUUAGCGCUCAAGUUGCCCAACAUCAAGAUGAAGUUACAGGAUCAGCAAUGAAUUCAGAAGCUAAUCUUUUGGAAACUGAGCUCAGCUGUAUUUUGAGAGAUUUAAAAAAUGAGUAA